UCGAACCGCGUGCACGUGGAGCCCGACGUGGCCUCUGCCUCCGUGGAUCUCCGUGGAUCGCGAUCGACUGAUCGAUCGCUGGAUGAUAUCGUUGAUCGAUCGAGCUUCCAUUCACCCCGAGGAUCUCGUCGGUACGUGACCGCGAUCGCUGGAUGAUCGAACGUCGGAAUCGAACGUGCGCCUGUACAGAAGGAUCGUGAUCGCGAUCGAUCGAACACCCGAGACCUAAUCGAACGUCAUCGCCUGAUCGUGAGUUAGUAGAUCGUCCUCGAUAGACGACUCGACGAAAAUUCUGAGUGAAUCACGGGUAGCCAUCGACAACGGUCGUCGUACUCGAAGUAAGUCCAGGAGGAUUUCGAUCGAAGGAGAUCGAGCCGCGCAGGGUGGAUCAUCGGGAGUUCAGUGGCACAUGUGAUCUACAGUCGUGAUCAGGAGCUGUGUCUGGGUUCUCGCGGGACGAUCAGUUUUUAUCCCGUGCCAGGGAGGGCCCCGAGUAUGAGUGAUCAAGAAUGAAGGAAGGGUGAACACGUUCGGCUGCCAGGAACGAGCUGUCUCAAAUCGGGAUCAGGAUGCGGUGGAUCGGUUACGUGGCCACAAUUCUCUGGUGGUCGGGCAUCGCCAGGUCCCUCAGCACGGUGAAUCGAGGUCACAGUUACAAAAUCACCCCGAAGCCCUGCAGGGUCCCAGGUCCGGAGCCCAAGGACGGCACGUGCAUGUUCGUGUGGGAGUGCAUCAAGUCGGAGGGCACGCACGUGGGCGUGUGCGUGGACACAUUCAUGUUCGGCAGCUGUUGCGUGCAUAACACUACGUCGAACGCGAUCGCCGCACCUCACCAUCAGCAACACGCGUCGUCUUCUGAUCCUCUGCGACCCACCCUGGCGGAGGCUCUGGGCAACGAGGCGACGAGACCGACGCUGACGUCCCUCUCCAGCUUCCUCGUGACGGACACGAGCACCACGAGGCCGAGUCAUCGUCCCUACGAGACGCUGGACACUUUCGGAGGGUCCGGCAGACCACACAAACCGCUGACAGCUGGUUCCGCGAGGCCGCUGCAGAAGAGGCCGCACGCGAAACCCGCCUCCGACCACAAGGACAGGAUCCAGACCUCGGCGGUGCCUGACUCCUCGGGUUACUGGGACAAGAGUCCUCAGAGCACGAGGAGACCUGGCACGUCCGAGCCUUGGGAGAUGGGCGCUCAGAGCACGAAGAGGCCUGGUGCUCACGAAUCUUGGGAGAAGGGUGCUCAGAACACGAAGAGACCGAGCAUCUCCGAUGCCUCGGAGAAAGGCGCCCAGACCACAAUGAGACCAGGUGUCGAAUCUUGGGAGAAGGAUGGUCAGAACACGAAGAGACCGAGUAAUUCCGGUGCUUGGGAGAUGGAUACCGAAAGCACGAAGAGGCCAGAGGAACCCGACGUCUGGGACAAAGCUACCCAAAGCACGAAGAGACCAGGUGACAUGUGGGAGAAGAACUCUCAGAGCACCAAGAGGCCGAGUUCCCCUGACCACCCGGAAAAGAAUACUCAGAGCACGAGGAGACCAGGCUCCCACGGCACUAAGAGACCAGGGUCCCAGAGCACGAAGAGACCAGGCACUACCAUCUACUGGGAGAACAAUGUUCAGAACACGAGGAGCCCGGGACAUCACGACGUCCAGAGCCCCAAGCAGAAGACCAGGCCUGACGACAGUCAACAUACGGCUGGUAAGGAGAAGGACACCGCUCACGAUGACUUCCAGGGUCAUCAUCAGGGGUUCAAGGAUAAAGUGGACACCGGGCACAACACGUUGGUGAUAAGACUGCCAGGGAAGGAGCACGCGUCCAACGAGGACGAAGGCAUCAGGCCCAACAGGCCGAGCAACCAAAGACCAUUCGAGUCGAGACCUGACGAGGGCAAGACCGAGGACUCUGAUCUUAGCGGGCAGGAAUCGGUGCACCGCCCUAACAUCAACUUGGUUGAAGAAAAUGAAACAGCCAAGGAACCUCACUCCAACGUCAAUUUCAUCCACACGGAGCGCCCUCAGUGGGCAACGAAGCCAGUAUCACCGAAACCGACGACGGAUUUUUCGAAACCGUACUUCUCAAUCAAGACGACCACCUAUCGACCCAUGUCGAUGAACGAUCAAUCAGACGUCAAGCCGAAUUUCAUCUCGAAGCCCAAUAGUUUGUACACGUCCAUGACGACAUCAACCACUGCUAGACCAACGCACUCCGGCGACCAGUCUACCACCAGCGCAGCCGGAUCCGUGCCACAGACCUCUCACUGGCAAAUCACCACAGAGCCAGCGUUCGUCACAAAGCAGAGGCCGUUCUCGUCUACCAAACCGAUGGGUUCCCUGGAAACCGCUAAACCGUCGAGUUCCCAUUUCUGGUCAGAGAACAGCUGGACGCCACCCAGGCCGUCCUUGAAACCGCACUGGACAGACAACCCUAGCCUCCUUCAGAACGGCCCUGAAGGAUUCCCGCCGCGACCGAGUUUCAAGCCAACAGAACCGCAAGAAAAUACGGAGUACCACAAGCCACUCGGCGCGGCGCACUACAUAACCACGUCCCACUUCGAGACGUCUGCGAGGCCUAGACCCACAAAGAAGACCACCACGUCCACCACCACGACCACCACCACCACAACGACCAGCACGACGACUACGACCACCACGCAGAAACCCGACACCAUCGUUUCCACUACCGAGACGAUCGCGAAGACGGGAUCGGUGCUGACGGUCUCCGCGGCCGAUGAGAGCAAGGGCACGCAGUGCGGCGUGCCACCGUUGUUUCCGCGACCGGAAACGAGGAUCGUCGGCGGCAAGGACGCGCCGUUCGGUCGAUGGCCUUGGCAAGUGUCGGUGAGACGCACCUCCUUCUUCGGCUUCUCCAGUACCCAUCGCUGCGGCGGGGCGGUGCUCAACGAGAACUGGAUCGCCACCGCCGGACACUGCGUGGACGACCUGCUGACUUCGCAGAUCAGGAUCAGGGUAGGCGAGUACGACUUCUCGUCGGUUCAGGAGCGACUGCCUUACGUGGAGCGUGGCGUGGCGAAGAAGGUGGUGCAUCCCAAGUACAAUUUCUUCACGUACGAGUACGAUCUGGCGCUGGUCAAGCUGGAGAGCUCGUUGACGUUCGCCCCUCACAUCUCGCCUAUCUGCUUGCCAGCCACGGACGAUCUCCUGAUCGGCGAGAACGCGACUGUUACUGGCUGGGGGAGGCUCAGCGAGGGUGGCACCUUGCCCUCGGUGCUGCAGGAGGUUUCCGUGCCUAUAGUGAGUAACGAUAGAUGUAAGUCAAUGUUCCUGAGGGCUGGUAGACACGAAUUCAUACCAGACAUAUUCCUGUGCGCCGGCUACGAGACCGGAGGACAAGAUUCCUGUCAGGGUGACUCGGGCGGUCCUCUUCAAGUCAGAGGAAAGGACGGCCGCUACUUCCUAGCUGGCAUCAUAUCCUGGGGCAUCGGUUGCGCGGAGGCGAAUCUGCCGGGGGUGUGCACGAGGAUCUCGAAGUUCGUCCCUUGGAUCCUGAAGAACGUGACCUGACCCCGCU